AACACAGCCUGGUCAUCUUCCCUUUAUUCUUACAUGGGCCCCCCUUCCCCUUUUUCCUUUUUCCGUCUUCCCCCCCGUGGGGUAAAAGGACACAAUGCACAUUGCACAAAUGAUACCUUGUACCUACCUACGUAAGGUACCUAUCCUGCGUCUUUCAAUUCCUGGAUGCUACAAACCAAUUACCCCUUCCCCUCGCAUGACAUCGCAUUCCAUCCUGCUUAAUGCCUCCCUCCCCCUUCCCCAUGAAAGCGGCAGCCUCCCCCUUCUCCGCAUCUCAAACCCGCAAUCCGGAGAAGGAUGAGCGGGUAAACGCAUGCAAUGCGAAACGCGAAUCCAAACAGGAACCAAACACUUGAAAAAGAAAAUCAAUAAUGCCUGAAACCUCGCACAUGAUUAUCCAUUCA